AUGGCGUCAGAUGAUCAACAAGACGCGGCAUCUGCUGCGAUUCAAGCAUUGACCGGCUUUAUCAAUACGGGCACCUUGCUUGAUCUAGCCCAGCAAUUCUCGGCAACUUACAGUCAUCUGGCUAAAACUUCCACCGAGCACUUUCUAGUUACACCCGUCACGGCACUACCCACGGGGAAAGAGAAGGGCAAAUUCUUGAGCAUCGAUGUUGGUGGCACGAAUCUAAGAGUGGGAUUCGUUGAGCUAAUCGGAGAGCCAGAUGGUGGCGCAGAAGAUGAGCGGACACGGAGCAGCACGGUUGGGGAGAAUGUAUUUGCUCGGAUCAAGAGAAGUCAUGACAGGAAUUGGCCUAUUGGGGACCACCUGAAGAUGGACCAAGCUGAAGACUUGUUUGCCUGGAUUGGUGACUGUAUCGCCGAGGUUGUCAAGAGCGCUCUUAAAGAGCAGGAGACUACGAAACAUGUCACAUCCCCUCUAGGUGAUGAGAUUCUGCUCGGUAUCACCUUCAGUUUUCCGAUGGCGCAAACCCGCAUCUCAGAAGCGACCCUGCUGCCAAUGGGCAAAGGAUUCGCCAUAACUUCAGACCUGAACCUGGGCAAGAUGCUUCUCGCUGGCUAUGCACGAUACUGUCACGCGGAUGAUUCAGCCAGCCAACUCAACCAUUCCAAGUCACAAUUGCCAAGAAUACGGGUAGCGGCCAUUACCAACGACACGGUAGCAACAUUCGCGUCUCUUGCCUAUGCAGCCAAAGCGGCACCUAACAGCCGCGUAGCCAUGGGCCUCAUUGUCGGCACUGGCACCAACGCUACCGUACCAAUGAAGCCAGAGAGUCUUCAUCCUGACAAGAGAAGUGCACUCUCAAACCCCGAUGCCGUGGAAACUGUGGUCAUCAAUACGGAGUGGACGAUUCGUGGCACGGACAAGCCUUUGGUCGACCUGAACAUCAAGACGCCCUGGGACAUGACACUCGAUGCCAACAGCGAUGCACCAGGCUUCCAGCCAUUCGAGUACAUGACCUCUGGACGGUAUCUCGGCGAAAUUGUACGAUUAGUGUUUGUUGAUGUUGUAUCAAAAGAGGAAGACGUGCAAGUACCGUCAUCACUAAUGCUCAAAAACUCGCUACCAACGCGCUUCCUAUCGGAGGUCGUCGCACGAAAGGGGGGUCGUAUCGUACAGCAAGAGCUUGAGAGUAGAUACCCAGACGCAGAGUCCUCGGAAGACUUUUUCUGGACAGUCGACAAGGUGGAAUUGAUACGGGAUAUUGCUGAGGCUGUUCAGCAGCGCUCAUCGGCGCUUAUCGCUGCUGCUUGCGUCGGGCUGCUCAACUGUGUAGGCGACGUCGCGCUAGACAAGCCACAAGCCUCAACCAAUGGUGCGCAUACAAAGGGCAAACGCGAGAUAGAAGAGCUGUUUAUUGCGUAUGCUGGAGGAACUAUUUCACAGUAUCCAAAGUGGCUCCAGACGUGUCAGCAGUGGAUAGAUAUUCUGGUCGAGGAGGGUUCAUCGGCGAACCAGAACAAGCAAGUCACGCUCAAGGAGGCCAAGGACGGAGGCAUUGUCGGCGCCGGGGUACUUGCGGGCAUGACCGAUGAGAUAGUAUGA